AAAAACGACGACAAGAAAAAUUGUUUGGUGCUUGAAAAAAAAAAAAACAAGUGGAGUAAGUAUUUUUCAGAGAUUGUGUGUGGAACUUGGAAGCUGAUCGUUUCUCUUCUCUCAUAUCCACAAACAGAAACAGCUUUCAGCACGUACAUACUUCACCAGCCCUUUACUCGACGGCAAACCGACUUGUCAAUCUCUCUCUGCAACCGACUUCAUUCAUUCCCUUCUCUCCCAGCCUUGCAGUCUUUUUUGUUUUAAACAGACAAGACAAGAAGUAGAAGAAGUGAAAUUUUAUGCGGAACUGUUACCGUGUCUUCUUCGUUUGAUUCCUCAAUUUCAUCAUCAAGAUGGACUUGCAGUUGGUGAAAAAGGGUCUUCUUGAUUAUACCAGAAGAAAGAAGAGGUGGGCUCUUUUACUAGCAGCUCUUGGUUUCUCUACUUAUACUGCCUAUAAAGUUUAUCACUUUCCUUUACUAGCUGAAAAAAGAAAGAGAGUUUCCAAGAUUUUUGGAGCUUUUGUUGCUGUUGCGGAAGUUAUCUCUGAUUCUGCUGAAACUAUUGGGGUUGUUUCUAAGGAUUUUAAAGAUUUUGUUCAAUCCGAAUCAGACCAAAUUCCCAAUAGUUUCAAGCAAAUUUCUAAAGUGGCAAGGUCAAAUGAAUUCUCGGAUGCACUAGUUACCCUUACACAAGCUUCGACUGUGGGAAUUUUGCGUGGUUACCAAGCCAAUGCAAGAAGAAUUGAUAAUGAUGCUGGUGCCAAUGGAAAUGGGAAUGGAAGUCCAAGUUUUUUGGAUAAGGUUUUUGAUAAGCUUUGUUCUUCAGCUGGGUCUGGUUUUGUCUCUGUUGUUGUUGGAAGCUUUGCUAGGAACUUGGUUUUGGGAUUUUGUGAAGGUGAUCUGAAUUCAAAUUCAGAUUUGAAUGCCUCUGCUACUGGUACUGAUGGUCAUGAUUCUGCUCGAAAAUUGGUAGAUGUGGUUUGUGGUGAUAAGUGUAAAGAGCUGAUUGGUGAUUGUAUUCAGUUAUUUGUGAGCACAGCCGUUGCGGUUUACCUUGACAAAACUAUGCAUAUCAACACCUAUGAUGAAUUUUUUGCAGGAUUAACCAAUCCUAAGCACGAAACCAAGGUGAGAGGGGUGUUGGUAUCGGUAUGUAAUGGUGCAAUUGAGACUCUUGUCAAGACAUCUCAUCAAGUAUUGACAACUGAUGAUUCUAACACGAAUUCGAGUUUCGAUUCCCGUAAUUCGGCUGUUGAUCAAGGAGAAAGUGCAAUGGAGGAUGAGCUCUCUGGAAAAGAAGCGUUUUUUAGUGAACCUAAAGCAAGAAAAUCAUUUGACGAGGUUAAGGAUAAUGGGUGGGUUAAUAAAGUGUCAUCUACAUUGGCAGUCCCAAGCAACAGGAGGCUUGUUCUCGAUGUGACUGGGAGGGUUACGUUCGAGACUGUCCGGUCUUUCCUGGAGUUUCUGCUGGAGAAUCUGUAUAAUGGAAUAAGGAGAUGUGUUGAUGUUUUUCAUGAAGUUGUUGUUGAUAGAGGUCUUGAAGUGGUGAAAUAUGUCAAUGCAAAAUCCUCUGUUAUUGCAACUGUAUGCAUUUCUUUGUGCUUGCACAUAUUAGAUGGUGAUUGGAUUCUGGUUCCAGCUUAAGUUGUUGAAUAUUUCUAUAUCAUUUGUCAUUGAAUUCUCUCAACUCUUUCAUUCAACUUUAUGCAUGAAGGAUUUGUUAUGUAUCUAAUUUCUUUGUACAGCUCAAUUCAUCUCCUCCAACCAGAAGAAGAAAAAAGAAUAUAGUCUGAUGAUUACUUUGUAAUGACAAAAUCCUCUGUUAUUGCGAUUGGAUGCAUUA